AUGAUUGGCACGGAUGAGAUGUCAUCCACUGGCAUGGAUAUAAGUGAAACAUUUCGCGCGGAGGAGCUGACUAAAACGGAUUUUUUCGAUUUCGUCUCGGCGCCCGAUAUGGGCAUUGGUAUCGGUGUCGGCGCAGAUGUGGUCGACAUCGGUAUGGGUGUGGGCAGUCUGCAUGCGGGCAGCAUAAGCACCGGCACACACCAGCAUCAUCAGCAGCACCAACAGCAGCAGCAACAACAGCAUACGCAUCAUCAGCAGCACAGUCACCAGCAGCAACAACAGCAACAGCAGCAGCAUGCGCACCAUCAACAACAGCAACAACAACACAGUCAUGAGCAAAGCAAUAACUUAGCCGGCAGCAUACCACACGAUGGUGGCGGUGGCACCAGCAGUGGGAGUGCUUGUGUUGGCGGACGUGUUGGCACUCCGGGUAACGGCAGCAGUUGCAUAGAUGGCUCAGAUGGUAACAGUAAUGGCAACAGUAGUGAUCCCACAUUGCAGGGCUAUGAGUUCUGGCACGCCGACAAGGAUCCCACUAGUCGUCUGGAUGCCACCAUUUUUGAGGACCUCGACCGCUAUUGUUGGCAACAACAGGCUGUUGUGAACGCCGCGGCAUCGCCUGUGCCCACAACGGCCGCCACACACCAGCAUCGCGCCACACCCGCUAACAGCUUACAGCAUUCCUCGCAUCUGCAUAGCCCAGCAUCGCCAAAUCAAACGCAUCCGCAUCAACAACAACAACAUCUACAUCAUCAGUCACCGCAUCAGCAUAUGCACACACAGCAGCAACAACAACAACACCAACAGUCAGCCGCCAUCCAUCACACGCAACGACAAAUGUCGCUCAACAAUAGCAGUUCCUGUGCACAACAAAGCGCCACACAAGUUGCCAACAACAAUGCAACAAGCAAUAAUACUUCACUGAGCCACAACCACAGCAACAACAACAAUAAUAAUAAUAAUAAUAGCAGCAACAGUAACGGCAAUGCCAGUAUGACGGUGGAUAACAGCGACGGCCAAAUCUACACAAUCACAGUAUUAAAUGGCAAUGAGUCAUGGCUGAAGCGUGAGCCCGAGGAUGCCGCUGCGCAACUGUCCAACACACUGGAUCUGGACAGCUUGCUCGGUAGCUUUCCGGGUUAUAUCAAAUCCGAGUAUCCCUAUGAUGAGAGUCCGGCUGGUUAUGGCACGUCGGAGGGCAGCGGCAGGGAUGGCAAUAUUACUGGUGAUAUGGUGAAUGGGCUGGGAAUGGGCGCGAAUGCGGCGACAGGACUACAUGGUGGCAAUAGUGGGAGUGUUGUGAAUAGUCAGCGUUUGCCUUCACUGGUGACGGCCAUCUCGUUGGCAGGCGGCGUUGGUGGCAUGGGCGGUGUCGGCAGUCCGUCGCAGUUGGCACAAUUUCAAAACAACAACAACGACUGGCAUAUGGCGGAUCACAAUGCAGAGCAGAACUCAGCUGAAUCCUUGCUGCGUAGCGCUUUGCAGGGUAAGGGUUAUUCCAAAGGCAUACACAUGCAAAACGGCAUUUCAUUGCUGCCCUCCUCACCCACAGUCAAGGAAGAGGAAAUGCGAAGGCUACUCUUUCCACCAGAUGCGGACACACUCUCUUUCGGCGACUCAGCGCUCAGCGCAGCCCAAAUGUUUGAGGACACACAUGCCUCGCAGCUAGUUGGCAGCCAGCAUCCCAAUGGCGGUGUCAACAGCGCAGGCGUGUCCAGCCUCAUGGUCGACGAUAUGUUCCUAUCACUAGAAAGCGCCUUCAGCGACGACUUCGAGAAGAUCAAGCGCAUUGCCAAUGAAGUGCAGCAAUUCUGUUCGCCAACAUCGAGUGCCGAUUAUGGCGCCAGCGACGUGUUGAUGCAAAUAUCGCCAGCAGCUGGCGCUAAUGUGGGCGCCACGAGUGUGCAGCAGCUGCAGCAGCAACAGCAACAACAACAAAUGCUUUCACCGGCAACAACGCCAACGAGUAUGCCACAACAACAGCAACUAUCGCCAUUGCCACAAGCGGCUAUGCCAGCGCUGCAUAUGACGGGUCCGCAGUCGGUUGGGCAGCCAGUACCGCGCGUAUUGCAUGCACAGCAACAGCACGUAGCUGGUGGAAAGACAAGCGCGGUUAGCAGCAGUAGCGGCACCAGCAGCGGCAGCACUACCAAAGUGACAAAGAAGUACAAGCGCUCCACAUCCAGCACGCAACACCACAAUAAUAACAACAACAACAAUCCAAAUAUAACCAAUCACAACAGCAGCACGGGCAGCGGCGGCAGUGCCCAGCCAGCUGGCGGCGCCACAGCAAAUAGCGCGAAUGGCCCAACCAGCGGCGGCAGCAGCUCGAGCACCAGCAGCAACAGCCCCACCCACUGUAAUGGGCAGCGCAAGGAGCGUUCGCUGCACUACUGCUCCAUCUGCUCGAAGGGCUUUAAGGACAAGUACUCAGUGAACGUGCACAUACGCACACACACCGGCGAGAAGCCCUUCACCUGCUCACUGUGCGGCAAAAGCUUCCGCCAGAAGGCGCACCUGGCCAAACACUACCAGACGCAUAUGGCGCAGAAGCAUAACGGUGGUUUGGUGAAGAGCGGUGGUGGCAGCGGAGGCGGGGGUGGCGGUGGCAACUCCAGCAAGCAUCAGCGUGCGGCAGCGGCAGCAGCAGCGGCAACAGCAGCAGCAGUGGCAGCUGCAGCUUCAGCGCAAUCAGCGAGUGGUGGCAUGUCGAUUGUGCCCAAUAGUUGCGCGGGCAGUGUGGUGGCGGCAGCUGUGCAUCAACGGCAACUGAAUGUGGCAACAUCGCUGGGUAUGGCCGCGGGUGUGCGUGCGGUAGCCGGCGGUGUGGUGUCCACCGUCUCGGUGGGUGGACCAAUGAACGGACCCACGCUAGGCGCUGUGAAUGCAAACGUGCUGCCACCAGCGAAUGGCCUGCUGGCGAAUCGGUAA